AUGGCUUCCUCACCAGCUUCCUCUUCCAUGUCCUUAUUUUUCCUCCUCGUCCUCCAAGUAAUAACCAGCGAAACCGCCAGCGCUAAGACCUGUCCGAUCAGACAAUGUUCGCCAAACGGACCCGAUGUUCGCUUUCCAUUCUGGAUUAGGGAAGGCCAAGGCGAAGAGUGUGGGCACCGGGGGUUCGAAGUCUCGUGCGAUGACCGGAGCCGAACGAUCCUCCAUAUGUCCGAAGUGGCGGACUUCAUUGUAGACGCCAUUGAUUAUGGCAACCAAACCGUUCUAGUGAAGGACCCAGACGACUGCCUCCCGAGACGGCUUCUCGAGGACGAGUUCGUGAGCUCGUACUCGCCCUUUCCGGCUCCGGCAUACAAGAACUUCACGUUUGGCAACUGCUCGUCCGAGUACUCCUCCCUGAUCUCACCUGGAAGCGGCAUCGAGAGAGUCAACUGCCUCAGCCUGGGGCGCGGCAGCAUGGUGGUGGCCUCGGUCGCGGACGAUGAUUUCGCCAGGUCGUGGAUGUCACAGCACCGGUGCGGCACGUGGACGGCCUUGAUCCCCUGGUGGUGGCAACCUCCGACGAGCCUAGGCGAAAGCAUUUGGCUGAGAUGGGACGACCCCGAUUGCAAAACGUGCGAAGCGGCCCAUGGGAGAUGCGUGCUCCAGGAUUCUAAGAAGGGCCCGAAGCUUGUAUGCGCACACAAACACGCCUUUUCGACAAGCGCCCAGUUCGCCAUAGCUUCGCUCUUCAUAUUGCCAUGGUUGACGUGCAUCUUCGGAUUCAUAUGGUUCUUAAAGGUCCGGGUCUUUGUUCGUCGCCGUCUCGAUCAAAUUAGCUCCAAUGGCGUCCCAAGUUCAGCUCCACCGAACGGCAUCAAUGGAGAAGCCGUCGAAAUGAUGCGGCGCAAUGCGAUUGGCGUGAUGGGCAUCGACUCACCCACCAUCGAAUCUUAUCCGAAGACUCAGAUUGACGACCUAGGACAAUUGGCUCGGCCUCACGACGAUGUCUGCGCGAUUUGCUUGUCGAAAUACGAGCGGAACGAGAUGAUUAGGACCAUUCCCGAGUGCGAGCAUUACUUCCACAUGUACUGCAUCGACCAAUGGCUCCGGAAGAAUGCUUCUUGCCCGCUGUGCCGCAAUAAUAAAGGGUAA